AAGAAGGAUUCAAAGAGACUUAAGAAGCAGAGAUCUGACAAGGGCAAAGCUGAAGAUUUAGAUGGAUAUAGCGGGCCAUGGGCUAAGUACAGGUCAUCGAGUGAUGAGGAAGAUGGUGUGCAAGAUGUUGAAGAGCUUGGUGAAGAACCGCAAGUGGAAGACGAAGAAGCAUACCAAAGUGAUAGCGAAGAAGAAAACGCAAAUCCAGAAACCACAGAAUUCCUCGGCUCAAGUGAAGUUGACUACCAAGGAAGAACAUAUAUGCACGUUCCAACAAACGUUGGUGUGAACUUAUCAAGCGAUGAAUCACCUGGAGAAUGCUUUGUACCGAAGAAGCUCAUCCAUAAAUGGGAUGGUCAUCUGCGAGGAACGAAUCGGAUCCAGUUCUUCCCAAAUACAAACCACCUGCUACUCUCGUGUGGCAAUGACAACAAGAUCUUCCUAUGGUCCGUUUAUCGCAAGAGGGAAUGCCUAAGAGGCUAUUAUGGACACACCAAGCCUGUGAAGGACAUCAACUUCAACAACAAUGGCACCAGAUUUCUCAGCGCAGGCUAUGAUAAAUUUGUGAAACUAUGGGAUACAGAAACAGGAGAAUGUCUAGCAAGAUUCCAAUUGAAUUCGGUACCAACGGUUGUUAAAUUUAACCCAUUCAACGAUAUGGAAUUCCUUGUUGGCCUCUCGAACCAUAACAUUGAACACUACGAUAUCAACGAGCAUAAGCUAAUACAAAAGUAUGACCAUCAUCUGGGUUCGAUCAACAGUAUAACAUUCUUGGAGAAUAAGAGAUUCAUGUCAACUUCAGAGGAUAAAACAGCGAGGGUUUGGGAUUUACAGAUCAACAUUCCUAUAAAACUCAUUUCUGAUCCAACUCUACACUCUAUGCCCUUUACAAGAGUCCAUCCAGAAGGUAAAUACAUCGCUGCACAGUCGAUGGACAACACUGUCCUUGUUUUCAGUACAAAGGAUCGUUAUAAAACGAACAAGAAGAAGCUAUUCACUGGUCACAACUGUGCUGGGUUUGGUAUUGGUAUUGAUUUCACACCUGAUGGUAAGACUUUGAUAAGCGGUGACUCUAGUGGACUGGGUGUUUUCUGGGAUUGGAAAACCUGUAAGCUCAUUAAAAAGACCAAGAUUGAUUCUAAGGCCAUCACACAGGUAUGCUGGAAUACAAAGGAGGUUAGUAAAUGUGCCUUUGCCGGUGCUAGUGGGCCAAUCUUCUAC